AUGGCCGAUUUCUCCUUCGACGUCGACCGCCGCAGCACCUCCCGCGGCCGCUCCGCCAUCCGUGGCCACCACACCACCCCCAUCGCCUCCCGUAGCCCCGCGCCUCGCCCGAGAUCCAGCCGGCCCAUCCGCGACUUCGACGACGACACCUCGUGGCAGACCUCCGUCUCGUGGCAGUUCGAGCCUACCCGAUGGGGAGAGCUGACUGGGUUCGGAGCCGCCGUAUCCCCGUGGACCCCGCCGGGCUACGACACCCCCCGUAGUGACCACAGCUCGGCCGUCUUCCUCCGCCGGACGGCCCGAGAUUUCUACGUAUCUAGUAGCGCCAAUCCGCACAGCGAGCGAUCGAGAAGGCUUCCACUUCGGAGCAUCGAGGUCAGCCGCUCAGACUACUCAUCCGCGCCGGUUGCGAAACGCCGACGCGACCGGCCUAAGAACCCCGCUGUCAUCGACAGCUCCUUCGAUAGCGUGUUUGAUUACAGCGAAGCGAAAGAACUUGCUCCGAGGAGCUUUGGCAACCCCCUGGAGGUCGUUUCACAUGAUGCAUCAUUAAUCUCUCAGGGCUACGAAACCUGUGCGACGCCGAGCAGGUGGCGCGAUAGCAAUGCGAGUUUGAGUUGUAAACCAAUCCCAGGGGAUGCGCACCGAACAUAUGAUGAAACACCUGACGGAGGCGAUGAAAGCGGGAGCGAUUAUGAUAGCGAGAGCGAUGAGGAAGACGGGCCGGCGAGGCGGAGUACGGUGGGUCUGUUGGGUUUGUUCAAGUAUUCGACUGCGCUGGACUUGGUUCUGAUUUUCUUUGGCUGUAUCGGGUCCCUGAUCAAUGGCGGAUCGCUUCCUUGGUACUCCUACUUGUUUGGGAAUGUCGUCGACAAGUUGGCCUCGGACUCCGGAAGCCACAUGGUUAAGGAGGUCGAAAGGAUAUCCUUUUACAUGAUUGCACUUGCGGCAGUGGUGGUCGUCGGAUCUUAUAUGGAGAUUACUUGUUGGAGAAUGGUUGGGGAAAGGUCGGCGCAGAGGAUUCGACGGGAAUACCUUCGAGCUGUGUUGAGGCAGGAAAUCGGCUUCUUCGACAUGGAGAUGAGCACGGGAGAUGUGAUGCACGGCAUAUCCAGCGAUGUCGCACAGAUCCAGGAAGUAAUUGGGGAGAAGAUGGCGCAUUUUGUUCACCACAUCUUUACAUUCGUCUGCGGCUACAUGGUGGGCUUCCUCAAGGCAUGGAAGGUAGCCCUGGUGGUUUUCUCUGUUACUCCAGUGAUGAUGAUCUGUGGCAUUGCUUACAAGGCGAUUUAUGUCGGUCUCACAGCAGAGGAAGAGGCCUCUUACAGAAAAGCUGGGAAUGUAGCUCAACAAGCAAUUAGCUCGAUCAAGACCGUUAUAUCACUCGUGAUGGAGGACCGAAUGGCAGAAAAGUACAAGGUGUGGCUCGACGAGUCUGCACCCAUCGGAGUGAAGACAGGGUUUGCCAAGGGUGCUGGCAUGGGCGUGAUCUAUCUCGUGACCUAUUCACAAUGGGCUCUGGCCUUCUGGUAUGGGUCCUUGCUGGUGGCCAAAGGAGAGAUAACAGGAGGAGCUGCCAUUGCUUGCUUCUUUGCUGUUAAUGUAGGCGGAAGGGGGUUAGCUUUGUCAUUGUCGUAUUACGCCCAAUUUGCUCAAGGUACGGUGGCAGCCGGUCGUGUGUUUGAGAUCAUUGAUAGAACACCUGAGAUCGAUCCAUACAGCACAGAUGGACUAGCGCUCUCAUCGGUAAAAGGUCAAGUUGAGUUUAGAGGUGUUGAUUUUGCGUAUCCUUCGCGCCCAGGGACCAUCGUACUCAGAAGCCUUAAUCUCUCCAUCCCUGCGUCGAAGACUUCGGCUCUCGUGGGUGCCAGUGGAGGUGGCAAAUCCACCGUCUUUGCUCUUAUAGAGAGGUUCUAUGAUCCGUUGCGAGGAUCAAUAUGCUUGGACGGUCAUGAUAUAAGGACUCUAAAUAUCAAAUGGCUGAGAGAGCAAAUGGGGCUGCUGGGGCAGGAGCCUAUCCUCUUCUCCACUUCCAUAAUUGAGAAUGUGAUGCUGGGCAAACAGAAUUGUAGCAGAAAGGAAGCUAUGGCCGCCUGUGCUGCUGUAAAUGCUGAUAACUUCAUAUCCGGGCUCCCUGAGGGAUACGACACACAGGUAGGUGAACGUGGAACUCAGCUGUCAGGGGGGCAGAAGCAGAGGAUUGCAUUGGCACGGACAAUGAUAAGGAAUCCCAAAAUUCUCCUCCUCGACGAGCCCACAAGUGCUCUAGACCCCGAAUCCGAGGCUGCCGUUCAACGGGCGAUCGAUCGUCUCUCCACCGGCCGGACCACCGUAGUGAUCGCCCACCGCCUCGCUACCGUUCGGUCAGCCGACGUCAUUGUGGUCGUCGACUCCGGCGCCGUCGUCGAGUCCGGACGACAUCAGGAUCUCAUGAGCCGCGCUGGGCCUUAUGCUGCCUUAGUAAAGAUCGCGAACGACAACACCACCAACGUCAAGAACAGCGAGGAUCUUACACGGUCGAUGGCAUCGGACCCGCGCAAUAAGGACCAGUUCAAAAGCUUCGAUCAGGUCUCCGCCUCUCACAUGAUGCAGAGCUACGCGAAGCCCAUGCAAUUGCAAUCGGUGGAAGAGCAGGAACAAAUGCAGAGGCAAAGAGCUACCAAGAUUAAGACCUCCGAGAUAUGGAGUCUUCAGAGGCCGGAGGCUCCGGUUCUGCUGGUUGGCUUCGUAAUGGGUAUGGUUGCGGGUGCUAUCUUCUCCAUCUUCCCUUUGCUCCUCGGGGAAGCACUUCAAAUCUACUUUCAAUCGGAUGCCAAAAAGAUGAAGCGGGAUAUCGAGCGCCUUGCCAUUGUGAUAGUGGGCCUGGGAUUGGGCUGCAUCAUUACCAUGACGAGCCAACAGGGCUUCUGUGGAUGGGCAGGCACUAAACUCACUGUCCGCGUCCGGGAUCUCCUGUUCCGGGCAAUCCUCCGGCAGGAGCCCGGCUGGUUCGACCUCGACGACAACUCCACAGGCGCGCUGAUCUCCAGGCUCUCCAUGGAUUGCAUCGCCUUCCGCUCUAUGCUCGGAGACCGCGUGUCGGUCCUGUUGAUGGCCCUGGGCUCGGCCGCCGCCGGGCUGGGCGCUUCGUUCACUCUGGACUGGAGGCUGACGCUGGUAGCCGCAGCCAUGGCUCCCUUCACCCUGGGAGCUAGUUACUUCAGUUUACUCAUCAACCUGGGGCCAAAGGUGGACAACGCCGCCUACGCGGCCGCAAGCAGCGUGGCCGCCGGCGCCGUGGGCAACGUUCGGGCCGUCGCGGCUUUCUCCGCUCAACAACAGAUCGUUUCCUCCUUCGACCGGGCCCUGUCGGAGCCCAUGAGAAAGUCAGCGAGCAAAUCCCACCUGGUGGGCAUUGCGCUCGGACUCUCACAAGGUGCCAUGUACGCCGCGUACACCCUGACGCUAUGGGCCGGCGCGCGCCUGAUGGAAACGCAUCGCUCCAACUUCGGGGACGUGUGCAAGGUGUUCCUCAUCCUGGUGCUGAGCUCCUUUUCGGUGGGCCAGCUGGCGGGCCUGGCGCCCAACACGGCGGGCGCCCCUGCGUCCGUCGACCGCGUCCUCGGCAUCAUGAAGCGGCGGCCAGCGGUGAAGACGAUCGGGCGAGGGCGGAGAGUGGAGUCGGGGAGGGGGCUGGAGGUCGAGCUGCGGAAGGUGACGUUCGCGUACCCGUCGAGGCCGGGGGUGGCGGUGCUGCAGGGGUUGUCUCUGCGGGUGAAGUCGGGGAGCACGGUGGCAGUGGUCGGGGGAAGCGGAAGCGGGAAGUCGACGGUGAUUUGGCUAGUGCAGAGGCUCUACGAUCCGUCGGUUGGGAGGGUGAGUGUUGGGGGGAUGGACGUGAGGGAGGUGGACUUGAAGUGGCUGCGGAGGGAGUGCGCUCUGGUGGGGCAAGAGCCCUGCUUGUUCGGCGGCUCCAUCAGGGAGAACAUUGGGUUCGGGAACCCCAACGCCUCCUGGGCGGAAAUCGAAGAGGCAGCGCAGGAGGCCAACAUCCACAAGUUCAUAUCCGGUCUUCCUCAGGGCUACGAAUCCCAGGUGGGGGAGAGCGGGGUGCAGCUGUCGGGCGGGCAAAAGCAGCGGAUAGCGAUCGCCCGCGCCGUGCUCAAGAGGUCGAGGAUCCUGCUGCUGGACGAAGCUACCAGCGCGCUGGACGCGGAGUCAGAGAAGCACGUGCAAGAGGCGCUACGAAUGGCUUCCAACCGCGCCACCACCAUCGUGGUUGCGCACAGGCUCGCCGCCGUCAGUCAUGCCGACCGGAUCGCCGUGGUGAAGGAAGGCAAGGUGGUGGAGUUGGGGAGCCACCAGGAGUUGGUGGAGAACCACCCGGGCGGGGUCUAUGCCGCUAUGGUCCGGCGGGAGAUGGAGGCCCAAGCACUUGCUUAACUUAACCAUGAUCUUUGGUUUAGCUGUGGUCCGGUGAAAGUAAAUGGUCUUUCUCCUCGCGCUACUUCAAAUAAUUUAAUUUGUUAUGCAGAUUGAAUGGAUCAUAAGACGAUGGAUAGAUGGAUGGAUGGAGGUGUUGCAAUUUACAAACACUGCUG